AUGCCUACAUUAAAUCAAUUGAUUCGUCAUGGUAGAGAAGAAAAACGGCGCACGGACCGUACUCGAGCUUCGGAUCAAUGUCCCCAGAAGCAAGGAGUACGCCCGCGUGUUUCAACGAGAACACCGAAAAAACCAAAUUCAGCUCCACGUAAGAUAGCCAAAGUACGAUUGAGCAAUCGACAUGAUAUAUUUGCUCACAUUCCGGGCGAAGGUCAUAAUUCGCAGGAACAUUCUAUGGUGUUAAUAAGAGGAGGUAGAGUGAAAGAUUUGCCAGGUGUGAAAUCCCAUUGUAUUCGAGGAGUCAAGGAUUUGUUGGGAAUUCCGGAUCGAAGAAGAGGCAGAUCCAAAUAUGGUGCAGAAAAACCCAAAUCGAUAUGA